GUGUCUAAAUAGAAAAAUAUGUGGGCAACUUGCCGGUUGACUUAAGCCAACACAAAAAACAUGUAAGGAAAUGGAUGGUGUCACAGUGUCAAACAAAAUAUCCGCUGGAAUCAGCGGAUCUCCAGAAAUAGAAAGUAAAAGCAGAAUAACCCGUCGGACUCAGUCCUCUCAUCAAUCUUUUUCUUCAUUCAUUCACAAUUGACACUCGAAGAUCUUGCUCUUUCCCUAUGAUUGUGACAUCGCAAGAAAAUUGAGCUUCAGCAGUUGCUAACCAACUAAUACAAAAGAUUUCCAUAGCUUCUUUGUGCAUUUGGUUAUGUCUACUCUAUCAUCGCCAAAUAGUUCAAUUGUUUCACCUUCUCGAGGGACAAUUUCACCAGCAGCCUUUGGGACAUAUGAACCUCCCAUGCCUGGGGCCUCUCAUUCUGGCCAUUCUGAACCAGAGAUCAGCGACAAUGAUGAAACAGAGCUACACUAUGUAUCAUGGAAUCAGGAUUACAGUUGCUUUGCUGCUGGCACAAGUCGUGGCUUUCGUGUAUAUAACUGUGAUCCUUUCAAAGAGACCUUCAGACGUGAUCUAAAAAGUGGUGGAUUUGGAAUAGUGGAGAUGCUGUUCCGAUGCAAUAUUUUAGCACUUGUGGGUGCCAAGGCCAACACUCAAUACCCACCUAAUAAAGUUAUUAUAUGGGAUGAUCAUCAGAGCCGGUGCAUAGGUGAAUUUUCAUUUAGGUCUGAGGUUCGUGCAGUGAAACUAAGACGGGAUUGUAUUGUUGUAGUUCUUGAGCACAAGAUAUAUGUCUACAACUUUAUGGAUCUGAAGCUUCUUCAUCAGAUAGAGACUGUGGCCAAUCCUAGGGGACUUUGCUGCCUCUCACACCAUUUAAAUACAUCCGUAUUAGCUUGCCCAGGAGUUCAAAGAGGACAGGUUCGGGUUGAGCAUUUUGGCCUGAAUAUGACAAAGUUAAUCAAGGCACAUGAUUCACAGAUAGCAUGCUUAACCUUGACUAUGGAUGGGCUGCUUCUUGCAACAGCAAGUACUCGGGGAACUCUGAUAAGACUCUUCAACACCAUGGAUGGGACUCAGUUGCAAGAGGUGCGUAGAGGGGUUGACAGAGCAGACAUCUAUAGUAUUGCUCUAUCACCAAAUGUUCAAUGGUUAGUCGUCUCGAGCGACAAAGGUACCAUCCAUUUAUACAGCCUGAGAGUUCGUGUUGUUGGGGAGGAUGCUGCAGCUGAUGUUGCUGUUAGAACUCCAACGUUAUUGUGUUCAAAUUCAUCAUCUUCUCUUGAUGCUCUUAUUUCUCCAAGUGCUGGAGCCAACCCUGGUUCAUCCUUGUCUUUCAUGAAAGGAGUUUUGCCAAAAUACUUUAGCUCUGAAUGGUCAUUUGCUCAAUUUCACUUGCCAGAAUGUACCCAGUACAUUGCUGCGUUUGGUUCUCAGAACACCAUUGUUACUGCUGGCACCGAUGGAAGUUUCUAUAGGUGCAGCUUUGAUCCUGUAAAUGGAGGAGGAAUGAUACAGCAGGAAUAUGUCCGCUUUCUGAAAACAGAAAGUAGGCCGAGAUAGCUCUGUUUCUAAAAGUACUUUCAUUGUAAAUAAAUCUCAUGUUUUAUUCUAUUGUGAAAAGAAGGGAAACAAACACCAGUAAAUAAGUUAUGUUUGCCGAUUAAUGUGUACAUAAUGGCUGUUGCAGCGCUCUUUAUAAAAAGUUAAGAUUAUCUGCUGUA